AUGUCGUCGAAAAUCCUUCGCAUUGCUAUUGCCUUCUUUUCUUCAUGUCCUCCCUUCAGCAUAGUCUUUGCUGCGAGAUUCAGCGAAUUUGCCCACAGGAAGGGUCAUGGACCUACUUUGAAGAGCAGAAUGUCAGAGCAGCCUAGUGAGCCCCAGGACUCGGAACAGGGCCAUAACUUUCGAUUCCUGAGCGAUGAAACCCGGCAUCCACCGGGAAAUCCGACAGCUCUUCAACUCUCUUACCCAGGGCUACCGGUGUACUUCAAUCGGAGUGUUGUGAAGAAGGCUAUGCAUGCACCAGAGGACGUGGAAUGGUUGGAAUGCUGCAAUGGUCCCGUCUUCGUGGGCGAUGGAGGACCACAAGAUGAAGGCGAUCUAUCGCUAGAUCCCAUCCAAUCCAUACUACCCCGUGUAUUAGAGGCCACACACCGCGCCCUCAUUGCCAAUGCGGACCUAGACAUGAGUAUCCUCACGAUCGGCACACUGCUUGCGAUUCAAAACAUGACCCGGUGUGGUAAGCCGGGAUUCCAGGAAGUUCCGAUGACACCAAUUGUGAUUACCUUGCCCGAUCUUCAAUAUCAGGCACUCUUCGAAACACAGGGCUUGGGAGGCAUCGAUAAUCCGCAAGGUACAAUGGGUAUUCAGCAUUUUGAACGUGGAUUGAUCGCGUCAAACCUUCAAGAUCGCGUCGAACACUUUUUACCUUCACAACCACCUGGCUACGACCGAACGAUGUUCAAGCCAUUUAAGCCGCCAUUGCUGAAGGUUGCCCCGAAACGGGAGCCCAUAGUGGUUGAACCCUCGGACGAAGAAGAUGGGCUGAAACCUCGGCCAUACAAGAAACGAAAGUUGCUAUAUGUCGAUAUAGACAAGGUCCCCGACAGCCCACCAAAGAAAGCAUCAUCUGCGAUUGAUGCUCCCAGGAAACCGUUAUUACCAGUCAAGAAUCAAGUUGAGACGAAGAAAUCUGUGGAUGAUGGAGUGGGUGGACUGGAAGGAUAUUAUAUGGUGUUAUGGCGCAAAUUCACAAUGAAGAAGCACAAGACAUGGGAUGGAGAUGGCGUCCUUUCGGUAUAUGGCGGUUAUGCUCGCCUUCAGGAUAUAUCAGGGAAAGAAAUGGGAAGGUGCAUGUUCAAGGAUCCUCUGCUCCCGGGUAGCACACUAAGCAUCGGGGGGAAAGAUGUCGAGAUUGACUCGAGCAUAAGUAAAGCGGACUUUCUAGCCGGAAGACCGUUCUUAAAGACUCAAGCAAGACGAACUUCGAGCUUAGGAAGCCACGGCAGUCUAGCAACAGUACCGAAUCCCCCUCUCGUUGUCAGCAAGCCCAAACCUCUGUUGAGCUCCAAGACAAAGGAUGAUGCGGACAUAAACGAGAUUCCGGCGAAAAGCUUCUAUGCAUCAAGCACGGCAAUGAAGGCGAAAUUCAAGAAUCCGCUUCUUGCAACGACAGUUAUGCCGCAGAAGAAGGAUGGUGGCGCAAGCCCUCGCCAUGACCCUAACGCUCUUGGUGCUCUGGUAAUGAAAAGACCUAAACAUUGUCCCAAAGGCAAAGAAAUUGUCGACGUUGUCUUGGAUCCAUUCCUGGGCCAACAUUUACGGGAACAUCAGCGAGAAGGCGUCAAAUUCAUGUACGAAUGCGUGAUGGGACUGCGGGAUUAUAGUGGUCUAGGUGCUAUUUUAGCUGAUGAAAUGGGCCUCGGGAAAACUUUGCAAACGAUCGCUUUAAUAUGGACGCUUUUGAAGCAAAAUCCAAUCCACGGGACCGACGGAGUCAUCAAGAAGGCCCUAAUUGUUUGCCCUGUGACUUUGAUUGUCAAUUGGAAGAAAGAGUUCAACAAGUGGCUGGGGACCGAGAGGAUUGGGGUUCUGGUGGCGGACAACACGCAAAAAAUUAGGCUGACUGAUUUCACGCAUGGUAGGAGUUACAGUGUGAUGAUUAUUGGCUACGAAAAACUGAGAUCCGUUCAAGAGGACUUGAAGAAAGGCGGCGGGAUCGACAUUGUGAUUGCAGAUGAAGGUCAUCGCCUCAAGACAGCUGCAAACAAGUCGGCCCAGGCUAUUCGCUCACUCAACACAGAUAUGAGAAUCAUCUUGUCCGGAACGCCAAUGCAAAAUGACCUUUCCGAGUUCUUCGAAAUGGUGGAUUUUGUCAAUCCAGGUCUCCUAGGGAAGUACAACACUUUUAAGAAAGAGUUUGAAGGGCCCAUCGUGAAGAGCAGACAGCCUGGAGCUUCAGAGAGAGAUGUCGAGAAGGGAUCCGCGAGAGGUGAGGAGUUGGCGUCCUUGACAAAAAUGUUCAUCUUGCGACGAACCGCCGAGAUUCUUUCGAAAUACCUACCUCCGAAGACCGAAUAUGUGCUAUUUUGCAACCCUACACAAGCGCAAGUACAGGUGUACCAUAACGUAUUGCAAUCGCCGGUCUUUGGAAAAGUCGUGGGAAGUUCUGAGGCGUCACUACAACUCAUUACGCUGUUGAAGAAAAUCUGCAAUACUCCAAGAUUAUUAAUGAGGAAAGACGAGGUAAUGCCGAGUGAUUCUGCCCUUGGGCAACUCCUGGAAGUCAUCCCGUCCGAACUCAUACACAAAGCUCCUGUCAAAUCAAGCACGAAAUUCAGAGUUCUCGACCAGAUGCUCAAGUAUCUUUCCAAGAAUACGACGGAGAAAAUUGUAAUCGUUUCGAACUAUACCGCGACCCUGGAUCUUCUAGGCCAACAUCUCGCGUCUUUAUCUUUACCAUUUCUUCGGCUUGAUGGCAGCACGCCUACGGCGACGCGGCAAGAUCUUGUUGAUACUUUCAACAAAACUUCUGCUGCUAGGAACUUUGCUUUCCUUCUCUCAGCUAAAUCUGGUGGUGCAGGCAUUAAUUUAAUCGGUGCUUCACGCCUGGUUCUAUUCGAUGUUGAUUGGAAUCCGGCCGUGGAUUUGCAAGCAAUGGCACGAAUCCAUCGAGAUGGUCAGAAAAAGCCCGUGAAAAUCUAUCGUUUCUUGAUGGCGGGCGGUAUGGAUGAAAAGAUCUACCAACGACAAAUUACGAAACUAGGACUGGCAGACAGCGUCGUCGAUGGCAAGAAGAACGAGUCGAGCUUUUCACCUGAAGAGCUGAGAGACUUAUUCAGGCUGAAGGUGAACCCUGGCUGCCAGACCCAUGACCUUUUGGGCUGCGACUGCAAAGGCUUAGGUGCCGAUCCCCAGCCUCCAGCAAGCCAACCAGAAGUUCAUGACAUCAAAGAUAGUGAAUACGAGGAGGACAGUGACGAUGACUUGCCUUUCGAUCCAACUGCUGGUGUUGUGCCAGCAACGAAAGCAAACGUGGAAGCAAUUGAACUCAAAAUCCGCGAGGCGCGAGAGAAGCGGCUCAAGAAAUCAAAGGGGAAGAUGCAGGCACUGAUGCAGUACAGACACAUUGAUACAGCUAUUUUUAGAGGCGAGACGGAGGACGUGUUUGGUUUUGAGAAUGAUGAAUUUACGAAGGUGAAGAAUGAACUUGAUGAUGUACUAAUCAAUAUAUUAGAGGACGAGGGUUGCAAGGUUGGCUUUGUGUUUGCUAAGAAGGGAUAG